UCAUGGUUCUCCGACAUGACAAGUAGCCGAUAUCUUCUCGUAAUUACUCCUGAAAUGGCUGGAAUCGGCUAUGCUGUUUUUCCAUUGGGUGUCCACUGUUGUCUGAGAAAGCAUUCAUGGAAACCCUUUGGUGGGAGAAGAGAGAGGUUGGCUUCUUCUUGCAGGGUCUCUGACACGUUCAAGUGCAUCCAGUGUUACUCUUUGCCAACUUCACAGGAUAAUAUGGUACAUUUGGAAGCUAGUUCUUUCAACCCAAGGAUUGAAGAACUGAAGGAAGGAGUGAGAAAGAUAUUAUUUAAUAAUAUAGAUUUGAGGGCUGCCAUGGUGCUUGUUGACACCCUCCAACAUCUAGGAAUUGGUUAUCACUUCGAGGAGGAAACCAAUGGAGUUUUAGAUCGAUGCUAUGGCACGAGAUCUGAUGACGACGACCUCUUCAUUACAGCUCUUCGUUUUAGAUUGCUGAGACAGGGAGGUUACAGUGUAACCCCAGAUGUGUUCCAUAAAUUCAUGGAUAAUAAAGGUAAUUUUAAGGAUCCCUUAGCCAAAAAUAGAAUGGCUCUGCUAAGUCUGCAUGAAGCCUCUUUUUUGGGUGCGAAAGAUGAAGAGGUGCUAUCACAGGCUAUGGAGUUCACAAAGCAUCACCUUCAGAAAUCAAAGCUUGUGUCGGAGACUAGCGUAGCUAGAGAUAUUGGUCUUGCCUUGGAGUUUCCGAGGCAACGGAGAAUGGAAAGAUUGGAAGCCAGAAGUUUCAUUGAGAAAUACAGGAAGGAAUGUGGUAGGAGUUCAGCUAUGCUUGAGCUUGCAACUUUAGAUUUUAAUAUGGUUCAAUCAUUAUAUCAGAAAGAAAUUGCAGAGCUAGAAAGUUGGUGGAGAGAUUUGGGUGUUACGAAGAAGCUAAGCUUUGCUCGAGAUCGGCCACUUGAAUGCUUUCUAUGGACUGUAGGGUUAUUUCCAGAGCCAUGCCUCUCAACAUGCCGGAUUGAAGUAACCAAGGCAGUUGCAAUCUUGGUAGUCAUCGAUGAUAUGUAUGACAGCUAUGGAUCACUAGAAGAUCUCAAUCUUUUUACUAAUGCCAUUCAGAGAUGGGAAAUUGGUGAGAUAGAGAAGCUCCCUGAAUACAUGAAGAUAUGUUAUGUGGCUCUUUACAACACUAUCAAUGACGUUGGUUACAAGGUCCUCAAAGAGUAUGGGUGGUUCAUUAUUCCUCACUUAAGGAAAACGUGGGUGGAUUUGUGUGAAGCAUAUUUCACUGAAGCAAGAUGGUUCAGCAAUGGAGUUGUGCCAAAUUUAGAGGACUAUGUAAGCAACGGAGUUACUUCAGUAGGGACCUAUGUGGCCCUCGUGCUUGCUUUCUUUUUGACGGGGAAACAAGUUAACAAGGAAACUUCAAGCCUAGUCAACUCUUGGCCCAAGCUAUUUACUAGUGCGGGAAGGAUUUUUCGACUCUGGGAUGAUCUUGGAACAGCAAUGGCAGAGCAGCAGAGAGGAGAUGUGGCAUCAAGCAUCGAGUGCUACAUGAAUGAAAAUAGUACUUCACAAGAUGAAGCUCGAGUUCACAUUAGGAACCUCAUAAACAGUUCAUGGCAGGACCUUAAUAAAGAAUGCUAUGCUAUGACCCAAUUGCCACGCUCCAUUAUCAAAGCUUCCUUAAAUCUAGCAAGAACUUCACAAGACAUGUACCGGCAUGGAGAUGAUGACAAAUUCCUGAGUACUGAUGAACUUAUCCUGUCAUUGCUCAUCAAGCCCAUUCAAAUAUGAAAUUCCCGUCCAUCUAUGAGCUUGCAGUUGCAUAAUGCUUGUGGGACUAAAAGAUGAAUUUUCUUUAUUAGCAUAAUUUUAGAGAUCAUGUAACAAUUUGUAUCAGACUAUAGUAUGAUUCUAUAUUAGCCUAUAUUGUUUUCCUUUGUUGGCAUGAUCUUGUUAGAGGUGAUUUUAGGUAUUACACAAUAAUUUGUGUCAGCUCAUAGUAUUUUUCUUUGUUAGCAUAAUCCUACAUUAGCCUAUAUUAUUUU